UGCCAAUCUUAUUAGUUCUAUCAACCUCAUCUCUACUAUUGUUGGAUCAACGAACAUUACAAGUUAAAUAUAGAGUGCCUGCUUCGGAAAUAUAUCGUAUGUCACUGAGUCCUUAUUUAGAUGAUAUAGCAGUUUUUCAUGUAAAAGCGUCGGAAUUUGGUCGUAAAAAAGGAGAUUUCGUUUUUCAAACAGGUCAUGUAAUCGAAAUUGUAACUAAAAUGUUUCUAGUCAUACAAAACGCGACAGGAAAACCACCGGAGAUACAUAUUAGCACAGAAUUUGAAGCUAAUUUUGGACAGCAAACUGUUAUAUUUUCUUUCAAGUAUAGUGGCUUGUCCGAUAUGUCUCAAAGUCAACCGAAAGUUAUAAGAAAAGCAAAUCGCAUGGAAAUCGUUGUAUGAUCCGCGGCCAAUAUCUAUCGUUGGACAUCUUUAGAUUUUUUAAAAGAACUAAAUAACUGAGUUGAACACUUGAACAGUUGAACAGUCUAAAAUUGAAUUUUGUAAAAAACAUUGCUAAUCAGUUAAUACCAAUGGUUGUUUUCACAUUUCGACUCUCACAUUCUUAAAAAGGAUUGGAGUAUAUAGCAUAUAGCAUAUAGCUUCAAGCGUAGCGUUACUGCUCGAAUAAUAAUCACAAAUAUUAUAUUGUAAUAUGUAUAUCGCACUGGUAUAUGUAUAUAUGAGAUUCGAUAUAUUUUUUCUUAUAGAAAUAAUUAUUUCCAAUGAAAUGAACUGACAAUCAGCUAGUUCAGUUUUGCUAAGCCAGUGCUAAGCAUAGCCAAUGACUUACUUUUAACACAUCUAUUUAAGUGUAUAUUCUGUCAAACACUAUAGCGGUGUUAGCUUGUUCUUGUCAAGAGACGACAAUUCAAACAAGUACUUAUAUUUACGAAUUACAGAAUAUAAGUUAAUUUUUAAACACCAAAGUAUAAUUCUUAAAAACGCAAGCAUUUAAAAGUUAGUUUUUAAUUAUUAGUUAUAAGAGUGAUGUAGCAUUUCGAGAAGUGCGAGUGGUACUAUUUGUUGCUUUUUAAAAAUAAUAUUGCUUAAUAUGCUAUAAAUAUAAAUUUUUAUUUAACGAUAUAUUUGUUGAUAAAGCUUAUAUGAACGUAAAAACU